CUCCAUGUGCAGGAUCUUUGCAUCCUGAUUCUGUCUUGGCAGAUUUAGGCAUCAAAGAUCUUGCAAGGAGAAUUCACUUUCUGAAGGUUGCCAGUGGCUGAGACAAGAACUCAGGUGAAGUUUUGCCAGUAGAUAACAAGAUUACUUUGAUAUUAACUAACACAGUGGCAGAGCUAGAGAUAUGAAUCAGUACGAUAGAGAGUGCAUGAAGAUCGCCAUGUUAAAACAGGAAGAGAUCUUCAGGUAUCAGGUGCAUGAACUCCACCGUCUGUACAAAAUCCAGAAAGUGUUGAUGACGAGGCACCAUGAGCUGCUCGACUACUUUGCACUCCCAGGCCCAGCAAAGAAAAACAACACGCUGACCGUGGGGCUGGAAGAGAGUGAUUUGGAGCUGAAGCUUGCCGCCGGAAACGACAGAGCUCCGUCAAAGAAAAACAGCACUCAGUUGGCUUAUGAUUCAGGCUCGAGCUUUUCUGGCAGAAGAACAAACGAAGAAGGAGAAGAUCAAGCAACGUCGUUGGCUCUUCCGGUGUUCCAAACAGAACAUGAUCGUUUAUUUCAGAUUGUGAUUGAUUUGUGAUGGUCCGAUCCUUGCUGUGUACGUAGUUCUAGACUGUAUUUGCAUUCUGCAUUCUCAGUGCCCACGAAGCUGAGUUAUAUCGAAAUCUUUGGAAUUUUUAUAAA